UCCCUCGUUAUUUCCGGGCUCCCUCCUGUGUACACCACUCCCGCCCCGCCUACCAUUUUAUCCCCGCCUCUCCUGGCCUCUGCCGCCCCGUCGCACAGAAUCGCUUGGUGCACCCUGCGAGGGCCUCCUCGAAACCCUAGCUUGCCCAGCCCCUCCGGGCCAUGGGCAAGUACAUGCGCAAGGCCAAGGCUUCCAGCGAGGUUGUCAUCAUGGAUGUCGCCGCCGCUCCGCUCGGAGUCCGCACCCGAGCGCGCGCCCUCGCGCUGCAGCGUCUGCAGGAGCAGCAGACGCAGUGGGAGGAAGGUGCUGGCGGCGAGUACCUGGAGCUAAGGAACCGGAGGCUCGAGAAGCUGCCGCCGCCGCCGGCGACCACGAGGAGGUCGGGCGGGAGGAAAGCGGCAGCCGAGGCCGCCGCAACUAAGGAGGCUGAGGCGUCGUACGGGGAGAACAUGCUCGAGUUGGAGGCCAUGGAGAGGAUUACCAGGGAGACGACGCCCUGCAGCUUGAUUAACACCCAGAUGACUAGCACUCCUGGGUCCACGAGAUCCGGCCACUCUUGCCACCGCAGGGUGAACGCUCCUCCGGUGCACGCCGUCCCAAGUUCUAGGGAGAUGAAUGAGUACUUCGCUGCCGAACAGCGACGGCAACAGCAGGAUUUCAUUGACAAGUACAACUUCGAUCCUGCAAACGACUGCCCUCUCCCAGGCAGGUUUGAGUGGGUGAAGCUAGACUGAUGGAUUCAGAGGGACGAGAGAGCAGCAGGCAUGGAAUGGAACUCACUCCCCGCUCCCUCCACACCACCCCAGCGUUGUGGCAGAGGCGCAUACCGUCGUGUUAGCUUCGUUUCUGCUGUAAAAAAAAACCCUUAGUGUUUUAUUUAGCAUGUAGCCUUAACUGGUCGUGUGUUACAGUACAGAACUGAUGCUGAGUUACAACACCCUGAUCUGAUCCCUCAACUCCAAUGUAACCCUUAACAGCUCAUUCUGUAAGGAACCUGUCACCCUGUUACCUGUUGCUGAACUAAUGAAGUAGAGCUAGAUAAUGACGUUUUAUCGUAGUUAUUAUUAAUAACUUAUCCUC